UGACAGAAAGCUACAAUAAAUGAGUUGAAAGAAUAAGAAGCACAGAAGAGAGGGAAAAAUGCCGAAACCAAUAAAUGUCAGAGUUACCACCAUGGAUGCAGAGUUGGAGUUCGCCAUCCAGCCCAAUACAACAGGGAAACAGCUUUUUGAUCAGGUUGUAAAAACAGUUGGCCUUCGUGAAGUCUGGUUUUUUGGACUGCAGUAUGUGGACAGCAAAGGAUACUCUACUUGGUUAAAGCUGAAUAAAAAGGUAACCCAGCAAGAUGUAAGGAAAGAAAAUCCCCUUCAGUUCAAAUUCAGGUCAAAGUUUUUUCCUGAGGAUGUUUCUGAAGAGUUGAUUCAAGAAAUAACUCAGAGACUCUUUUUUCUGCAAGUCAAAGAAGCCAUCUUAAAUGAUGAAAUCUAUUGUCCGCCAGAAACUGCAGUUCUGUUAGCUUCUUAUGCUGUUCAAGCCAAGUAUGGAGAUUACAACAAGGAGAUACAUAAACUAGGAUAUUUGGCAAAUGACAGACUUCUUCCCCAGCGUGUUUUGGAGCAGCAUAAAUUAACAAAAGAGCAGUGGGAAGAAAGAAUACAGAACUGGCAUGAAGAACACAGAGGGAUGUUAAGGGAAGAUUCUAUGAUGGAGUAUCUCAAGAUCGCACAAGACUUGGAAAUGUACGGCGUCAACUAUUUUGAGAUAAAGAACAAAAAGGGAACUGAAUUAUGGCUCGGUGUUGAUGCUUUGGGCUUGAAUAUUUAUGAACAUGAUGACAAGUUGACUCCCAAGAUCGGCUUUCCCUGGAGUGAAAUAAGAAAUAUUUCAUUUAAUGACAAAAAGUUUGUGAUAAAGCCCAUUGACAAAAAGGCCCCUGAUUUUGUGUUUUAUGCGCCACGUCUGAGAAUAAAUAAGCGGAUAUUGGCAUUGUGUAUGGGAAACCAUGAGUUAUACAUGAGAAGGAGAAAGCCAGAUACAAUUGAAGUUCAACAAAUGAAGGCCCAGGCUAGAGAAGAGAAACACCAAAAACAGUUGGAGAGAGCUCAGCUGGAGAACGAGAAAAAGAAAAGGGAAAUAGCAGAAAAAGAGAAAGAAAGAAUAGAACGUGAAAAGGAUGAACUGAUUGAGCGGCUAAGACAAAUCGAGGAACAAACAAUGAAGGCCCAAAAAGAAUUGGAAGAACAGACGAGGAGAGCGCUGGAGCUGGAUCAGGAGCGCAAGAAAGCAAAAGAGGAAGCAGAGCGCCUGGAAAAGGACCGCAGAGCAGCAGAAGAGGCAAAAACUACCCUUGCGAAACAGGCUGCAGACCAGAUGAAGAAUCAGGAGCAGUUGGCAGCGGAACUCGCUGAAUUCACUGCAAAGAUUGCACUUUUGGAAGAGGCCAAGAAGAAGAAGGAAGAAGAAGCUUCAGAAUGGCAGCACAAAGCUUUUGCAGCCCAAGAAGAUUUGGAAAAAACCAAAGAAGAACUGAAGACGGUGAUGUCUGCCCCUCCCCCUCCCCCACCAGUAGUUCCUCCUACAGAGAAUGAACACGACGAACAGGAUGAGAAUAACGCUGAAGCUAGUGCAGAACUGGCUUCUGAAGGGGUUGCAAAUCACAGGAGUGAGGAAGAACGAGUAACCGAGACACAGAAGAAUGAACGCGUUAAGAAACAGCUCCAGGCCCUGAGUUCCGAGUUGGCCCAAGCGAGGGAUGAAACCAAGAAAACUCAGAACGACGUCCUUCACGCGGAGAAUGUCAAAGCAGGCCGCGAUAAAUACAAGACUCUCCGACAGAUCAGACAAGGCAAUACAAAGCAGCGCAUUGAUGAAUUUGAAGCAAUGUGAGAGCUGUUAUUUUGAAUAUAUGUUCUUCAUUAAGCUUGAACCACCAGCAGAGAAACACAGACCUUUUCCACUCAUGAAAGGAACACACCCUGCCUUGCCAAAGCACUUAUACCAGUCUGUGGUUAAGUAGCAUUUCAUGAGUCAUUCAACAUUAAGGCAGCCCUGUCAUCUCUGGCUCUUUGUGGGGUUGUGGUAGCAGUUUCCAUGAUCUCAUAUCCUAUCUUUUAUUCUUUCUCCUCUAAAAGAGUAGCACAGUCUCAGGCUGUUACCUAAGCAUUGAUCAUUUGAAAAGACACUGGCUUUCAACUUAUAACUGGCCAU